AAAGAGCAAUGGUAUAAAACAAGUCCAAACCCUAAUCCCCAUCUCUCUCAUCUGUUGCCGCUGCUAUUCUUCUUCGCGCACACCAGAUCCGUGAGAACCAAAGAAAGAGGAUCAAGCGUGCGUUGUUGCAGCCAUGGCGGAUGUAGACCCAGAAGUUGCAGCACAAGGAGUGCCAAAGAAGAGGACAUUUAAGAAGUUCAGCUUCCGCGGAGUUGACCUCGAUGCUCUCUUAGACAUGUCCACUGAUGAACUUGUCAAGCUCUUCUCUGCCCGUGCCCGUAGAAGGUUUCAACGUGGUUUGACCCGCAAGCCUAUGGCGCUCAUCAAGAAGCUGCGCAAGGCGAAACGGGAGGCCCCAGCUGGUGAGAAGCCAGAACCAGUGAGGACUCACCUCCGCAACAUGAUUAUUGUGCCUGAGAUGAUUGGUAGCAUUAUUGGCGUCUACAAUGGCAAGACCUUCAAUCAAGUUGAGAUUAAACCUGAAAUGAUUGGACACUAUCUGGCCGAAUUCUCAAUCUCCUACAAGCCAGUUAAGCAUGGAAGGCCUGGUAUUGGUGCUACUCACUCCUCCAGGUUUAUUCCUCUGAAGUGAAGAAUAUCACGGAUGUCACCCUUGCUCAUUCCAUGCAAGCUUUCUCUUGUUUUAUUUGAGCUGUUCAAAUAUUACUUUUCUACUUGAUAUUGUUUUGACAACUAGGAUGAUCGACUUUUUUGUUUUAAUUUAAUGUUUGUCAGUUAAUGAUAUUUUUGGAGCUUUUUGAGUUGUAGUUUGUGAGAGAACAUGUGAUUAGAUUUCUUUGUUUGCAGUUACUAUGUGUACUUUUUGUUCUCUGUUAUGACAUGUUCGUUAAUCAUGUAGGAUAA